AAUCAGUUUGCUCUCCAGGACACUGAAUUCAAUGCUAUCCUUCGGGAAAGGGGUGUUCUUCCUCCCCUUCCAAAGUCCAAAGAACCGACUCCUCCACCAUCUCCUGAAAGCCAAAGGAGGCAGCUUAUGCAAGAAAUGUCUUACACUCAGUUGACAGAGGAACUGGAAACCCUUGAGGAUCGGGGUUGCGAUGAUUUGGAUGAGGAUAAAAAGUUUCUCGAACUCUACCGCCAGAAGCGCCUCGAAGAGAUGCGUGAGGCUGCUAAGAAAGCGAAGUUUGGUUUCUAUGGUGAGGUUACGAAAUCUGAUUGGGUCGAAUCCGUAAAUAAUGCUGGUGAAGGUGUAUAUGUUGUGGUACAUCUUGCCCAUAAGGGGAAUGAGAAGUGUGCUGUGAUUGACCAACACUUGCGAACAUUAGCUGCACUCUACCCAGCCGUUAAGUUCCUUCGUGGAGAAGCAUCUCUUUGUGUUCCAAAUUUUCCUGACUCCAAUCUACCUACAAUUAUUGUAUACUAUAAAGGUGAUGUUAAAGCGCAAUACGUUGGCAGCGGAGCUCUGGGUGGCCACCCUUGCAGUAUUGAUGAUUUGGAACGUCUAUUGACCAAGGUGGGAGCGAUCUCUGUAGCUGAAGCGGACGGAGACGGCGAAAACCACCGUGUAGAGCGGUUGGGCAGUGUAACACGAAUUCGUACUGGAAACAGAAGCCACCGUAGGCAGUCCACUGACUCCGACAGUGACUAA